AUUAAUUAAUUUUGUAAAAUAUUAUUUGAGUCGAAACAUGUCUGAAAGCAAUAAUGACGAGUCAAAUGAUAAUGAAUUGAAUGAAAAAAUCGGAAGUUUAAGACAGAAAUUUCUCAACAGUUAUAAUGAGGAUAACGACAGACUGUAUGAUGACUGCGAUGUCCGAAGAGUACAGAAAUGUGAUUGGCUUUUGAAACGGUAUUUGUUGGCCCAUAACUGUAACCAAGAGUUGGCGCUAAACAACUUGAAAGAUACACUCGAGUGGAGAAAAUCGUUUGGAGUUAACCAGAGAACUGACGCCUACUUUCCCGACGACUUCUACAAAAUCGGUGGUCUUUUUCAAUAUAAUUGCGACAAAACGGGUCUUCCAUUACUGUAUAUCCGGAUCUGUGUUCACCGUAAAGUACAAGAAUUGGCUCAAUUAGUCAAAGAGUUUUUUGUGCAUAAAGUUAAUCAAAUUGACGUAUCAAGUGGUGGCCAAUGGGUUCUAGUGUUUGACUGUACCGCUAGCGGUCUGUCCAACGUAGACAUGGAUUUCUCACGGUUUAUGAUUGAUGUAUUGCAAAACUACUUUCCAAAAUCAUAUAAAUAUGUAAUCAUUUAUGAGAUGCCGUGGCUUUUGGCCACUUUUUGGAAAAUCUCGCGAAUGUGGCUCUCGGAAGAGGAUCGGCAACAAAUCAAAUUGGCCAGUGGUCAAGAAAUUUUUACAUUUAUUGACGCCAAACAAGUUCCCCAACACAUACAGGGCGGUCAAUGCUUGCAAAACAUUUAUAGAGUACCCGACGGUGUCUUACCGGCCGAACAGUUAAAGCACUUGAAGUUUACUGAAGAACAGAUCCGACACUUUCGGACCGUUUUUAAUAUACAACAAAAUGACGAUAAAUCAGAAUAUAUUAAUAACAACUAAUAACCAUAUGUUUUGAUAUUAAUUAUUAAUUAA